AUGUGUGUUUGUCAAACCAUGGAAGUGGGGCAGUACUGCAAGAGCGCGGGCCUGGCCGGGGACCGCGGGGUGCUCCUGGAGCCCUUCAUCCACCAGGUGGGCGGCCACAGCAGCAUGAUGCGCUACGACGACCACACGGUGUGCAAGCCGCUCAUCUCCCGCGAGCAGCGCUUCUACGAGUCCCUCCCGCCCGAGAUGAAGGAGUUCACCCCCGAGUACAAGGGGGUGGUGUCCGUCUGCUUUGAGGGGGACAGUGACGGUUACAUCAACUUAGUGGCCUACCCCUACGUGGAGAGCGAGGUGGUGGAGCAGGACGACACGCCGGAGCGGGAACAGCCGCGGCGCAAGCACUCCCGCCGCAGCCUGCACCGGUCCGGCAGCGGCAGCGACCACAGGGAGGAGAAGGCCGGCCUGCCCUUCGAGGCCACCGAGAGCUCCCAGGAGGCCAAGAGCCCGAAGGCGGAGCUGCACUGCCACUCGGACGUCCCUUUCCAGAUGCUGGACGGCAACAGCGGCCUGAGCUCCGAGAAGAUCAGCCACAACCCCUGGAGCCUGCGCUGCCACAAGCAGCAGCUGAGCCGCAUGCGCUCCGAGUCCAAGGACCGGAAGCUCUACAAGUUCCUGCUGCUGGAGAACGUGGUGCACCACUUCAAGUGCCCGUGCGUGCUGGACCUGAAGAUGGGCACCCGGCAGCACGGCGACGACGCGUCCGCCGAGAAGGCUGCCCGGCAGAUGCGCAAGUGCGAGCAGAGCACGUCGGCCACGCUGGGCGUCAGGGUCUGUGGCAUGCAGGUGUACCAGCUGGACACGGGGCAUUACCUCUGCAGGAACAAGUACUAUGGCCGGGGGCUCUCCAUCGAAGGCUUCCGCAACGCCCUCUACCAGUACCUGCACAACGGCCUGGACCUGCGGCGCGACCUCUUCGAGCCCAUCCUGAGCAAACUGCGGGGCCUGAAGGCCGUGCUGGAGCGGCAGGCCUCCUACCGCUUCUACUCCAGUUCCCUGCUCGUCAUCUACGACGGCAAGGAGUGCUGGCCCGAGGCCGGCCUGGACCGCCGCGCCGAGAUGCGUCUCAAGAGCCUGGACCCGGGGCCGCCCGAGGUGGGGCCACCCUGCUGCCCUAGCACCAGCCCGGGCAGCCCCAGCAGCACCAGCCUGGAGAGCGUGUCCUCCCCCAAGGUGGACGUCCGCAUGAUCGACUUUGCACACAGCACAUUCAAGGGCUUCCGGGACGACCCCACCGUGCACGACGGGCCCGACCGAGGCUACGUGUUCGGCCUGGAGAACCUCAUCAGCAUCAUGGAGCAGAUGCGGGACGAGAACCAGUAG